UUUCUCAUAUUCACAGGCCGCAAUUUGCACACGAAGAAUUUGUGACGUUGCAUUGCAUUGAUAAACUUCCGAUAUCAUAAAUAAAUUAAAUUCAAAAUUAUCAAACAAUAAUGUCGUCAACCGAGGAAACUUCACAACUAAAAGCUGGACAUCCUCCUGCAGUAAAAGCUGGAGGUAUGAGGAUCACCCAACAUAAAACUCCUCACUCAAAAGACAGCAAAGAACCAGCCAAUGAAGACUUGACUGGUCUCUCUGGGCCUUCUCCCGUUCCGUCCAAUCCGAUCUCCAUUGCUGGAGCUCCAAACAAAGGUAAUGCAGACUUCACUCCAGAAGCAGCUCAAGUGGCCCACAGUCCUAAGCCUCCAGCGCACAUUAAUCUCAGACCAAGCCCAAACAUCCAACAGCCCAGAAAGUAGAACGCUGCACAUUUAAUUACUAAAAGGUUGAUACAUAAUAACGGAAUAGAAAAUGUUAGGCAAUCAUAAAAUUCAAAAUAUUAAAAUAUAGUAUAAUUGUUGGAAUGUUUUACCAUAGCAAUAGACUGGCUGUGCCCCUGGCCUCCCUGUCUUCAUGAGCAAUGUAGAGCAUGUGUUGCUGUGUUGCCUUCAAAGGCUAUAAAACAUGCUUCUUGGUUUGUAUUCCUUUCACGCAACAGCGACCCAAUUUUACACAGAGUAAGAUUAUGGGCCGCAGAGUGACGUAGACUACUUUUAUAAGAAAGAAAUCUUACAUAAUUACAUUCAAGUU